AGACAUAAAAUGACCAAAAAAGACCUAAAAUUCCCAAAGACUUCUCUCCAUUUGUACGACCUGUGACCACAUUUAAUUUGUGCAGCUGUGCGGUCGCCGUGGUAACGAGGUAAUAAUGAAUAUUGAGUCAGAAGAACCUUUAGUGCACCCACAUGCAGUAAAAGCUAAAAAGGGAAGAGAGUUUCAUGAGAAUCGAGGUGGAGGAAGAUAACCUUGUUUGCAUAUGUUUUUUAUUGUGGUUAUUUGCAGCUCGUAGCUCCAGUGAGACUGAAAGCUGCUGCGACCUCAGACAGGAAGUAGGCCAGGCCUGUUUCACUGCAACAAUGCUGCAAAAGAUCUUCCAACACAAUCAGGUUUCAGUCUGUUUGUAGAGAGGAUGAAGCUCCGGUGAAGAGAAAAGAAGAACAGGUGAAGGCUCAAGUCACGCUGCCGUGGAUUAUUCUCCACAAAUCAACUUUAUCUGGAUAUUGUGGAAACGAUGCAUCGACCCUGUUGAAGGAGAGGAUUUUUAAAACUCAUUUGGAGGAAUUUAUCUGGGAUACCUGGUCUCUUUUCACUGCAAAAACUGAAAUCUAAGUUUCCUGAUCCUGGAUCCUCCGGUCCUCCUCUGGGACGAUGCCUGUGAUCGUGCUGGAGGCCCGAGACUUCCUCAGCCCUCUGUUCCUGGUCCGGACCCUGGAGGUGUUCUCCUGCUGCACCACCUUCAGCCUGGUGGCCUCGCUGGAUCCUUCAGAGCUCAACAAGAACCUGCAGCACCUCAGCACCUUCAAGAUCUUCUGCAUGUUCACCUGGUGCUUCUUCUUCACGCUCACCCUCCUCAUCCACAUCCUGAGCAUCAUCCAGUUCCACAGCCUCAUCCCCAUCUCCUGGAAGAACCUGACGGUGACCUCGGCGGUCCUGGGGGCCCUCAUGUGCCUCAGUGCCGCCGUGGUGUUCCCGUGGAUGGUCGUGGACCACCAGGAGGUCUCGGCGCGCUCCGUGGCGGCCGCCGUGGCGUCCGGAUUCACCUUCCUGUGCUACAGCUCAGAGUCCUACGUCCUGGGCUCCAGAGCUCCUGAGCAGCGGGGCUACAUGGGGAGCAUGCCGGGGCUCCUGAAGAUCCUCCAGGUGUGGGGGGGCUGCCACAUGGUGCCCCUGGUGGUGGAGGAGGUCCAAGCCCUGGCUGGGGGUCCACCCGGCUGGCAGCUGUGGGUCUCGUGCGUCUCCUACGGCGUCUGCGUCCUCACGUCUCUGCUCACGCUGCUGGUGAUUUUAGGAGACUCUGCUGGACGGUGUUGUCUCCCUUUCGACCGGUUUCUGGCCGGCUUCAGUCUGCUCGGGGUCUUGCUCUACAUGUUGGCCACCGUCAUCUGUUUCACCAAGAUCCUGCAGCUGAAGGACCAGAACAUGGACAACAAGACGGCACAAGUGGUCGUCAUGGAGACGGUGGUGGCCACCAUCACUCUGCUGGCUUAUACCGUCGAUCUGGCUUUCUCUAUCAAACUGCUGUGUGACAGAAGUCUCACAUGAAGUAACACGUUAAAUGUAUUCUGCAGAAAUAUUAAAUCUGAGGGAAAUGAUCUUGCUGCAUGGACAGAUAAUUUACCUUGACAAGAUUUCUUGAAUUAAGAUUGUUAAAUCUAGAAAUAAGCAUGUUGAAACAAA